GCACUUCUCCUUUUUUUUUCUCUGUUGAAAUUGAAAGUGUUUUCCGGGAAAUAAAUAAAAUAAAUUAAAAUCUUACACACUCUAGCCCCGCUGUCCCUUUUAAACUCCCGAGAGAGUAUAAAACUGCAUCGAAUAUUACAAGAUGCACUCUUGUCAAAUGAAGGGGGGGAAAUGAUACUACAAGCCACUAGGCAUGAUUUCUUGAAGGCUUAUGGUAUAGGCACCUACAAUUAUCAGCACUUCUCUCUAUUGAUAAACAAUUGGCUGUAAUACCACAGUAGAGAACGAUCACAACAUUUUGUGCUGGUUACUUUUUGUUUUAUGGGUCUAGCAAAGGAAACAAUAAUGGGAGGUGGAGGCCGUGUGGCCAAAGUUGAAAUUCAGCAGAAGAAGCCUCUCUCAAGGGUUCCAAACACAAAGCCACCAUUCACUGUUGGCCAACUCAAGAAAGCCAUUCCACCGCACUGCUUUCAGCGUUCCCUCCUCACUUCAUUGUCCUAUGUUGUUUAUGACCUUUCAUUGGCUUUCAUUUUCUACAUUGCCACCACCUACUUCCACCUCCUCCCUCACCCCUUUUCCCUCAUUGCAUGGCCAAUCUAUUGGGUUCUCCAAGGUUGCAUUCUUACUGGCGUGUGGGUGAUUGCUCACGAGUGUGGUCACCAUGCCUUCAGCAAGUACCCAUGGGUUGAUGAUGUUGUGGGUUUGACCGUUCACUCAGCACUUUUAGUCCCUUAUUUCUCAUGGAAAAUAAGCCAUCGCCGCCACCACUCCAACACGGGUUCCCUUGACCGUGAUGAAGUGUUUGUCCCAAAACCAAAAUCCAAAGUUGCAUGGUACACCAAGUACCUGAACAACCCUCUAGGAAGGGCUGCUUCUCUUCUCAUCACACUCACAAUAGGGUGGCCUUUGUAUUUAGCCUUCAAUGUCUCUGGCAGACCCUAUGAUGGUUUUGCUAGCCACUACCACCCUUAUGCUCCUAUAUAUUCAAACCGUGAGAGGCUUCUGAUCUAUGUCUCUGAUGUUGCUUUGUUUUCUGUGACUUACUUGCUCUACCGUGUUGCAACUAUGAAAGGGUUGGUUUGGCUGCUAUGUGUUUAUGGGGUGCCAUUGCUCAUUGUGAACGGUUUUCUUGUGACCAUCACAUAUCUGCAGCACACACACUAUGCCUUGCCUCACUAUGAUUCAUCAGAAUGGGAUUGGCUGAGGGGUGCUUUGGCAACUAUGGACAGAGAUUAUGGGAUUCUGAACAAGGUGUUUCACCACAUAACUGAUACUCAUGUGGCUCACCAUCUUUUCUCUACAAUGCCACAUUACCAUGCAACGGAGGCAACCAAUGCAAUGAAGCCAAUAUUGGGUGAGUACUACCGAUUUGAUGACACACCAUUUUACAAGGCACUGUGGAGAGAAGCAAGAGAGUGCCUCUAUGUGGAGCCAGAUGAAGGAACAUCCGAGAAGGGCGUGUAUUGGUACAGGAACAAGUAUUGAUGAACCAAGCAAUGGGCCAUAGUGGGAGUUAUGGAAGUUUUGUCACUUAUCACUUAAUUAGUAGAAUGUUAUAAAUAAGUGGAUUUGCCGCGUAAUGACUUGUGUGCAUUGUGAAACAGCUUGUAGCGAUCCAUGGCUAUAAUGUAAAAAUAUGUGGAAAGUGUUCUGCUUAUAACUUUCUUCCUUAAAUGCACACUCCAUAGAAC